CCAAGCCCAAGCCCAAGCCCCAGUCCCCGAAACACACUGAUGAUGUUGUUGAUGACGUGGAGCGCCUAGCGAGUGCAUAGCUCCGCCGAAAAUGGCAAACGGGCAACCCAAGACACUGGUCCCGACCAGAAAGCAGGAGCUUCACACUCGGAGAAACAAGACACUCGAAACAAAGACACUCAUAUACGGGAUCGAAUUCUCCUACAAGAGCUGGGACCAAAACACGGAAUCCAAAUUUUCCAGCGAGUGGACUACAAAACUUGUAUUUGAAUUAAAAGAAGUGGCAAAUGCAUUAUGUUCAAAUAAGGAACGUACUGUGAUAAAAAUGGGUUAUUUUUUCGAGUGUACCUCUGGCACAGACACAAAGACAGAAGAAGACGGAGACGUCUCGACGCAGUGCAAAAACUUGUCAACCCAAAAGACGCAGACGCUAUAGCAGCAGAAGCAGCAGCAACACACAUAAAAAAUAUUUUUAUGCAACAUUUUUAUGAUUUCCGUCUGGUUGCGACAGCGGCAUGGGCACAAAGAGAC